CGUCCCUCCAACUUUACCUACACUAUUAAUGCUAAUCUAUGCCCAACACUUGUCUGCAGAUAUAAAAACAAGCGUUUUGUUCAUGGUUCAUAUCACAAUUCGUUUACAUCUACGCUUGUAAAGAAGUCCAAUACUCAAAAUUAACAAAAUGUUCAAAUUGUUCGCUGUCUGCUUCUUGGCCCUCUUCGCUGUUGCCUUCGGUGCUGCUAAGCCCGGUUUGUUGGCUGCUCCAUUGGCUUACUCUGCUCCAUUAGCUGCUGCUCCCAUUGCUCACGCUUAUGCCGCUCCAGUCGCCGCUGCUUACUCCGCUCCUCUGGCCUACACCACCGGAUAUGCUGGUUACGUUGCACCCUACGCCAGCAGCUACAAUGCUCACUCGAUCGCUCACUCCGCCGCUUUCCCAGCUGCCUAUGCUGCUCCAGUAGUCGCCGCCCCAGCCCCAGUGGUCGCUGCUGCCCCAGCAGUCGCUGUAUUGAAGAAAUAGAUCAGGAACGAAUAGCAUUUUGGAAACUGUGAUGAACUUAGGCAAUACGAAAAAAAUUAAAUAAAAAUUUAAA